AUGAGUACAGAAGGUCUACUGAACGGCACGCGUGGAGCCGAAGUAUUCGACGUACUCAUCAUCGGAGCUGGGAUAGGUGGGAUCAACACUGCCUAUCGUCUUCAGACACAGGUGCCCGGCACCACCUUCACUAUACUUGAAGGGCGCGGCGACAUCGGCGGCACUUGGGAUCUCUUCCGGUAUCCCGGAAUUCGCUCCGACUCAGACUUGUUCACCUUUGGUUUUCAAUGGGAGCCUUGGCCUUACGAGACUCCCAUCGCUAAGGGACCGCUCAUCAGAGAUUAUAUGAAGAAUACUGUCGCAAAAUACGGCCUUGACCAUCACAUUCGCUUUCAUCACAAAGUCCUCUCAGCCGACUGGUCGAAGAGGACAGAGCAAUGGAAGAUUACAGCGGAACACGAUGGACAGACGAAAGAGUUCAGAGCACGCUGGGUCAUCUUCGGGACUGGCUAUUAUGACUAUGAAAAUACCUUCAAGACGACCAUCCCGGGACUGGAAAACUUCAAAGGAAAAGUGCUGCACCCUCAGCACUGGCCCGAAGACUACGAUCACAGUGGUAAGAAGAUGGUAGUCAUCGGGAGCGGAGCUACCGCCGUCACUCUGUUUCCCGCGCUCUCGGAAACCGCGGAGGCCGUGACACUGGUACAGAGGAGUCCUACCUACAUCGUCUCCGCACUGAACGGGAGCCCUGUAAGGUCUUUUCUCAUGAAGCUCCUGCCAGCAUACUAUGCCGGGACGCUGCUGCGUAUCUUGUAUCUGUACAAGAUCCACAUUGUGGUCUUGUUCUGCCACUAUUUUCCGCAGCUUGCUCGCACUGCGAUGAUCAACCGGAUGAGCCGGCAACUCCCUAACCGUGUCCCUCGGAGCCCUCACUUCGAGCCGACGUAUAUUCCUUGGACGCAGCGGCUAUGUCUCUCCCCUAACGGCGACUUCUUCCAGACCCUCCGUGAAAACCCGAAUUCUCAUAUCGUGACCGGCCGUAUUGACACAGUCACCGAGAACGGCCUGCGCAUGAAGGAUGGUACUACAGUGGAGGCCGAUGCUAUUGUAACGGCAACUGGCCUCCAUAUGCGGAUGGGAGGUAACAUUGCCAUCACUGUGAAUGGUGCGAAGGUGGAUUGGGCGGGCCGGUUGGUAUGGAACGGUUCCAUGCUCCAGGAUGUACCGAACAUGAUGUUCAUCGUUGGUUACACCAAUGCCUCGUGGACACUUGGCGCUGACGAUACAGCACAUAUUCUCACCCGUCUCCUAAAGUACAUGAACUCCAAGUACAUAAUGACAGCAGUUCCUAGAGUUCCUCCCUCUGGCACUAAUGGCUAUCAAAGGUUCUGGCAGUUGACGUCGAGCUAUAGCAAUGAGGCGGAAAAGAGACUUCCCAAGUACGGCAAUUCAGGACCAUGGCAGCCGAAGACUAGUCCGCCGCUGGACUGGCUGCAUAGCAAAUUUGGCGAUAUCACUACGGGCUUGCACUUCACUUCCUGA